AAGAUGGUCAGUGCUCGAGUUCUUUAUAUCCUAGUCCUCCCGAUGUCUCUACGAAUUUACAGCUUCCUUCUCCUCAUCUGCUGCACGCAGGUCCUACUGACAGAAUCAGCCACCAGGUGCUGUGUGCCGACUAACUUCCGGUCUAAUAUGGACGUCACGGGUGGUUUCCUCAGUAACAGCGGUCCAAAUAUUGUUGACAACCGGGUGUUGCUUUAUUUCGAUUACCCGACAGAGCGGUCAAGAACAGAGACUCGUAUAACUCUACCUGGCGGCGGGCACCUGCUUCACACGGAAAUAGCAGACUUCGCCAAGCACAGGGUGUUUAAGAUAGACGGUGAUCACUGCGUAGAGAGCCACAUGAAUGCCACCAUUCAGGACCGGUGCAUUUCGGUUGAUGCACAACUUGUUUCAACGGGAUACGUUGGAUCUCCGAAAAAUCCACUAAAUAUCCAAACAUGGCGCUUCUCAAUACCCGGAACUGACAUCAUCAAUUACCGGAUGUUAACAGAGAUCUCUCCCGGCACGUGUCUGCCAGUGCUACAAGCAGAACAUGGAUUUCUAAACGGAGCCUAUUCGGCGAUGACGUAUAUUAUAUCUGACGUACAUAUUGACCACGCCCCUGCGGCAUUGUUUGAUCCACCCACACACACGUGUCACAAAGUGUAAAAAAGAUGUGAGGAAGAACGGCGAAUAUGCAUGGUGAGCCGUCUCUUCUCUCGCCACCAUGCUGACUAUAUAGGGCUUGCUUUAUUUUUACUUGUCUUUUCUAAUAAAAAUAUAAAAAUCAAAACU